UAGUUGUGGAAAUCAGCCAGGAAUUAUCAGUCUUUUAUUAGCUCCUCGGCGUGUGAUUGUUGUGUACGGUCUCAGUCAUGUGACGCCGCUUCGAUCGGUUACAAUUGACUAUACACGCCGGGUCAGCACGAGGGAUUAGUUGAUGUGUGAGAUUAGAAUGUAUUAGAACAUAUCGAAGGUACCACGUUUGUUUACGUAUAGUAUCCGCCAAGAAUCGCCAAGAUCCGGAUCCUUAAUCGGAAGAGAGGACUCCUCCGAGACCAGCAUAUCCCGUCUAGUUCUAAUCGUCGCUGGAGGACACUUGAUGAUGUAUAAAACAAUAUGCAGGACACUCGUGCGAGAGGGUAUAAGCGCAGGGUGGGAGCGUCCGAUGACGAAAAGCGCACCGAUGCAGCAGGAUUUCUUGAAGACCGAGAAGGGACUGGACAAGCAGAAGACUGGCAAAGUGACUAACCUGAAGAAAUACUGGUUCGGCAGAUACAUUGAUUACAUCAAGAAUUACGAGAACACGCUGGAGCGGAAGUUUCCGCGCACGAUGCAGGUGUACCGUGUGUUCAGCGUCGGUAGCAGGGACGUGUACGCGGAUUUGAAAAGGUUCGUCACCGCGAUAAAGAAGCAAGGGUUGAACAACGGCACGAACAGCUUGACGAGAGAGGAGCUACAGUUGAUGCACACGAUACCGAGAGACCUGAGGAAACUGUCGCCGUUGUUUCUGCUGUCGGCCAUACCCUUUACGAAUUACAUUAUUUUCCCCUUAGCCCUUUACUUCCCGCGCUACCUACUGACGUCACAUUUCUGGACGCUGCAGCAGAAGCUCGACUUCAUGCUGCACGAUCACAAGAAGAGAUUGAAGCACAACAGGCCGCUGUUCAGGUGCAUGCAGGCGGAACUUAAGACCAUCGGUGACCAAACGCUCAGGAUAAAGUGGCGUGACACUAUUGCUUGUUUGGGCAGCGGCACGCAUCCAACGACCGACAAUAUCAUAGCCUGCUCCGUACUCUUCUCUGGUCCGCCGUAUUCUUUGGAUACUCUGAAGAGGAAACAUAUGAAAGAGUUGUUAGCGAUACACGGGAUGUGCUCUUGGAGACCCUUCAAAAGGAAAAGGCUAUUGGAGAGAGGUUUGCUAAUAUUGCGAAUGGAUCGUGCUAUAGUACGAGAGGGAGGAGUAAAGGCAAUGUCUAACGAUGCAUUGCGAUGGGCAUUAUCUUUUAGAGGUGUGAAUCCUGCAAAUAUGUCCAUGGAAAGUAUGAGAAGUUGGCUUGAACAAUGGUUAACGGUAUCAGCAUCCACUAAUCAGAAGAAUAUAUCUUUGUUAUUACAUAGUCCAAUUUUACUAGCUUAUAAUCAUUCAACGAAUUGGAUUCUUAUAUAUAAUUAAGGAAAAGGGAAGAAAAGAAAGACUAAUCUUCGGCGCAAAAGAGUUUUCAUCAAUUUCGUUGAUCUUGGCACAUCUUGCGUGUUCUAAGAAAAUUGGUCAAAGAAACUGUCGACUGAGAAGUUAACGAAAAGAUUCUUCCUUUUUGCAGAAUGUCUAAUAUUUUAUUUUAAUAAAUUUCACAAGUAGAUGUUUUA